UGGCGGAAGUAGGAAUUGGAAAAUCGUCAACAUUUUAUUCUGAUCAACCGCUCAUACAGCUCAAUGACAGCACAAAAACACAAACCAAUGUUUCUUUGGGAUCAUUAGAUUAUGAAUUUAUCAACGCUGCAGAUAUUUUAGAGGCGGAACGGAAUAUACGACUACAAACACAAAAAUUAUGUGGAUUUUUGAAUAAAUUUGAAAAAGGACUUGUCAACAAAAGUUUCAAAACAAGAUGGUUUGCUUUUUCCUAUAACUCUUGUAAGCUGGUAUGUUACAAUUCUCCAAAUGAUCUCGUUCCUAUUGGCGACAUUGACAUCAGUAAUGCUGUAUUUAAUCUGAAUCCCCAGAUGAAUCUAGAUAAACCUGGACUGUUUGACAUCAGUACACCAGAGAAGGUGUUCACAUUGGAAGCUCGGGAUGAAGAGACAGCACUAUAUUGGAUACAAGAGCUUCAAACACAAAGGAGACUUUAUGCAGAGAACAAGACUCUCACCCCACCACCAAUUAGUACUCUAGAGAGAGAAAAUAAUGGUUUAGCAAGUCAGCCAAAGAGUAUCACUCCAUCUGAAGAGCUACAUGGUUUUAUUCCCCCUAUUGAGGCCCCUAUAGGAGUGGUAGGAAUAGGGGCUACUAUGACACAGCCAAAACAUAACAAUUGGUCAUUAUCAAAUCUUGGUAAUGAGCUGAAAAAUACAGUGGUAUCACUAAGAAAUACAAAACAGGGAAUUUCUGAUAUACAGGGUCAAAAUGUUGAGCGUCCAAGCAGCUUUCAAAAACUAAAGUCAAAGCUAACACCAAGGGGGAAAUCAGUGGAUAAUAUUGAUGUAUCUGAGCCUCAACUAGGACUUCCAGAGAUCUCAUGCCAAAAAUGUAAUCAGCUACAGUCAUAUGUUACAUCAUUGAAGAGUGAUCUCCAGGAACAAUCUGAUGAGAUCCUUGCUCACAGGGAGAUGGUGCAAGUCUUACAGAAACAAAUUGAUGUUCUCGUACGGGAUAAAGAUACUCAAAAGACAAUACUCAGCAGUCCCAUGCAAUCAUUCAGUGAUAUACUCAGCCAAAAGGAGAGACUCAAUGUGGAGCUAGAACAUCUUUUAACAGCCACCAGGCAGGAGAAUGAACAGAAUAUUCAGAAAAUGAGAUGUGCGCUGGGUGAGAUACAGGCGCUCAAUGAGCAGAUAGUAAUGUUAAAGGAGAUUAUGCAGGCCAAAGAUGCAAUAGUGAUGCAACUCACUGAUAAAGUAUCAACGCUUGAGCAGAAACAGAGAGUGUCUACUUUAUCUAGUGUAUCAACAGAAGAUGGGGAAGAUGCAUUGAUACACCUAUCUGAGACCCUAGAAUCUAUUAGCAAAUCCCAGGUACCCUCUGUAAUUCAGCCUGCUGUCCCCGAAGAACCAAUCAAGAUACAACUAGAUAGAUACAAGGACAUGUGCCAUGGAUAUGAGAUGCAGAACAAAUUAUUAAACAAGGAAUUACUAGAGCUCAAUCAACUCAGGAGUUAUGACGCAGCUAGGGAGACACAACUUACAAUGAAAAUGACAGAAACAGAGGCAAACUUCUACAAGAUUCAAAGCAAACACUUGACACUGCUGAAGGAUAUGGAAACUCCACAAAGAGGUGGUAGCGGAGGUGAUAGUGAUGACCUGGUCUCCCGCCUACUUCAGGAUGCCAUUAAAUCAGAUGGUAGAGAAAGACCACAAAGACCUUCCAAUCCUUCAGUGGCAGAGUAUGAUGACUAUGGCUUUAGAGUGCUACCAUUCGAUGCAGAAGAUGCUCUUGAAGUAAAAGCCAACAGCCUCCAAAGAAAGUCUGAACAACUUGCUAAUAAAAUGAAGAAUUCAGAGUAUGAACAGUCAAACCAAGUAAGAUGGGAGAACUAUAUGAUGGGCCAGGGAGAGAGGCAGAUAGUGCGUAAUCCUGAAUUGAAGUCCCUUGUGAGGGGAGGGAUCUAUACAGAUUAUAGGCCUAAGAUAUGGAAAUUUUGUACAAUGUACCAUGUUAGCAGACUUAAACAGAAGAAGGGAGAUAACUAUUAUGAAAAGCUUAGAAGAGAACGAAGAGGCAGCAAUAGAUUUAACCCAGCAGCUAAGCAGAUUGAAUUAGAUCUUCUACGAACUCUGCCCAAUAACAAACACUAUGAAAAGCUUGACUCUGCUGGGGUGCCAAAGUUACGCAGGGUGCUACUGGCUUACAGUUACCACAAUCCUCUCAUAGGAUAUUGCCAGGGUUUGAACAGACUUGCUGCAAUAGCCCUGUUGUUCCUAUCUGAGGAAGAUGCCUUUUGGUGUCUUGUUUGUAUAGUAGAGGUGUUGAUGCCUGUAGACUACUUCAGUAGAACCCUUAUAGCUGCUCAGGUUGACCAGAGGGUGCUGAAAGAAUUGAUUGCUGAUAAACUUCCAAAACUUGCCAGCCACUUAGAGCACAAAGAGGUUGAUCUUUCACUUUUCACAUUCAAUUGGUUCCUUACUGUGUUCGUUGACAACAUCCCUGUAGAAAUGUUCCUCAGAAUAUGGGAUGCUUUCCUUUAUGAGGGAAGCAAGGUGCUCUUCAGGUUUGCUCUGGCUUUCUUCAAAUACAAGGAGGAUGAAAUAUUGCAAUUACAUGACAGCAUGGCCAUACAUCGCUACAUGCGCAUCAUAGGGGAACAUAUGGUGGAUAGCAAUAGAAUUGCACAGAUAGCCUUCAAUGAAUUGAAUCCCUUCCCUAUGAAGGCGAUUGCAACCAAACGUAGCUGCUAUUUGUCUCAAGUUAAAAUGGAACUUGAAGAACUUGAUGCUUUGAGAGAGGACUUCAAAUCAACACAGUUGCCACUGGAUAGACAAGAAUUCUAUAGUGAUGAAGAUAUAUAGAGAUUAGAGAACAGUGCUUCAGGACCAACAAAAUUAAGUUUAUAGUGAUGAAGAUAUACAUUGUAUUGUAUAGAGAGAGGUGCCAUAGGACAGAAUUGAAUUCUAUAGUGAUGAAGAUACCAUAUGGACUAUAGUAUAUAGAAUGAUGUGCCCCCCCCGGGAGUGCCACAGUAUAGAUGGGAGUAUAGACUUGAAGUGACUCUAUAGAGAUGAAGAUACAGUAUAUAGAGAAAGGUGCUACAGGAAAGAUGUCAUGAAUUCUAUAGCGUAGUGAUCAAAAUAUAUAGCUCAUUCAACAGCCAGUCCUUCACUGUAUUAGUCAAGGUUGUUUGUAGACAAAAAUCAGUCUGUUUAAAGGCUGAAGUUAAAUUGAAUAUGCCAUGAUACUCUUAUGCCUGGUGAAUAACACCAGGGGAUAUAAUUGAUAUUGAAAAAUUCCUCCUCAAAAAUUGUUUUCAACUGGUUGACCACAUAUUAGAAUCUAUUCACCUGGUCAUACUGGAAAAUAUCAUAUACCC